AGGCGCUGGGGCGAGCGCGCCGGGAGUGGAGCUCAGCGGCCGGGAGCCAGCGGGGGAGCCCUGGGUUCCCGACCAUGAAACCCUCGGGCACGCCCCUCAACGAGCUCUUAUCCCAGACAAUCUAGUUUUUCUUUUAGAAAUCUCUGUAGACACUUAUGAAGCUUCUUGUUCUGAAAUUGCUGUACUGCAAUGAAGAAAAGGAGAAAGGUUACUUCAGAUCUUGAUGAGAAGAUCCAUCUAGGCUAUCAUAAAGAUUCUUCUGAAGGAAAUGUUGCAGUGGAGUGUGACCAAGUGACCUAUACUCAUUCUACAGAUAGACCUGCUGCUGAAGCUCUUCACUGUUAUCAGGAACUGCCUCCCUCUCCAGAUCAGAGAAAGCUUUUGAGUUCUUUGCAGUAUAACAAGAAUUUGCUGAAGUAUUUAAAUGACGAUAGGCAGAAGCAACCAUCUUUCUGUGAUUUACUUAUCGUAGUAGAAGGGAAAGAGUUUAGUGCACAUAAAGUAGUUGUCGCUGUGGGCAGUAGUUAUUUUCAUGCGUGUUUGAGCAAAAAUCCAAGCACUGAUGUUGUCACCCUGGAUCACGUAACACAUUCAGUUUUUCAGCAUUUGCUUGAAUUUCUUUAUACAUCAGAAUUUUUUGUGUACAAAUAUGAGAUACCUCUUGUUUUAGAGGCUGCAAAAUUUUUGGACAUUAUAGAUGCAGUGAAGCUGUUAAAUAAUGAAAAUGUUGCCACUUUUCAGUCAGAGCUAACUGAAAAAUCAUCACCAGAAGAAACACUAAAUGAAUUAACUGUAAGACUAUCAAAUAAUCAUCAGUGCAAAUUCUGUAGUAGACAUUUUUGUUACAAAAAGUCCUUAGAGAAUCAUUUGGCUAAAACCCAUAGGUCCCUUUUAUUAGGGAAAAAACAUGGGUUAAAAAUGCUGGAGAGAAGUUUUUCCACUAGAAGAUCAAAAAGGAAUCGGAAGUGCCCUAUUAAGUUCGAUGACACCAGUGAUGAUGAACAAGAAAGUGGUGAUGGGUCAGACAAUUUGAAUCAAGAAAAUUUUGAUAAGGAAAAGUCAGAUAGAAAUGAUUCUGAGGAUCCUGGAAGUGAAUAUAAUGCUGAAGAAGAUGAGCUAGAGGAGGAGAUGUCAGAUGAAUACUCUGACAUUGAAGAACAAAGUGAAAAAGAUAAUAAUGAUGCAGAAGAGGAACCUGAGGCUGGUGAUUCUGUAGGAAAUAUUCAUGAGGGGUUAACUCCAGUAGUCAUUCAGAACAGUAACAAAAAAAUACUGCAAUGUCCUAAAUGUGAUAAAACAUUUGACCGAAUAGGAAAAUAUGAGAGCCACACCCGUGUUCACACAGGUGAGAAGCCUUUUGAGUGUGAUAUUUGUCACCAGCGCUAUUCGACAAAGUCUAAUCUAACUGUUCACAGAAAGAAGCACAGUAAUGAAACAGAAUUUCAUAAGAAGGAGCACAAGUGCCCUUAUUGCAAUAAACUUCAUGCAAGCAAGAAGACUUUAGCCAAGCAUGUUAAGAGAUUUCAUCCUGAAAAUGCACAAGAAUUUAUUUCCAUUAAGAAGACUAAGAGUGAAAGUUGGAGAUGUGAGAUUUGUAAGAAAUCUUUUACUCGAAGACCGCACUUGGAAGAACAUAUGAUUCUACAUUCUCAAGAUAAACCUUUUAAGUGUACCUAUUGCGAAGAACAUUUCAAAUCACGAUUUGCACGGUUAAAGCAUCAAGAAAAGUUCCAUCUGGGUCCUUUUCCAUGUGAUAUAUGUGGUCGUCAGUUUAAUGACACUGGAAAUUUGAAACGCCAUAUAGAAUGCACUCAUGGUGGAAAGAGAAAAUGGACUUGCUUUAUCUGUGGAAAAUCAGUACGAGAAAGAACUACUUUGAAGGAACAUUUGAGAAUCCAUAGUGGAGAAAAGCCUCACCUUUGUAGUAUUUGUGGGCAAAGUUUUCGUCAUGGAAGCUCAUACAGACUUCACUUACGAGUACAUCAUGAUGAUAAAAGAUAUGAGUGUGAUGAAUGUGGAAAAACAUUUAUUCGUCAUGACCACCUUACAAAGCACAAAAAAAUACAUUCAGGUGAAAAGGCUCACCAGUGUGAAGAAUGUGGAAAAUGUUUUGGUCGCAGGGAUCAUCUCACUGUUCAUUACAGAAGUGUGCACCUUGGAGAGAAAGUGUGGCAAAAAUAUAAAGCAACAUUUCAUCAAUGUGAUGUUUGUAAGAAAAUUUUUAAAGGCAAAUCAAGUCUGGAAAUGCACUUUCGGACGCAUUCAGGUGAAAAACCAUACAAGUGUCAAAUUUGCAAUCAGUCUUUUAGAAUUAAGAAAACUUUAACAAAACACCUGGUUAUUCAUUCUGAUGCCCGACCUUUCAACUGUCAGCACUGUAAUGCAACAUUUAAGCGGAAAGACAAGCUGAAAUACCACAUUGACCAUGUUCAUGGGAUAAAAUCUCCUGAUGAUCCUCUCAGUACUUCUGAGGAAAAACUUGUGUCCUUGCCUGUAGAGUACUCAUCUGAUGAUAAAAUCUUUCAGACAGAAACAAAGCAAUAUAUGGACCAGCCCAAAGUUUAUCCGUCAGAAGCCAAGACUAUGUUACAGAAUGUGUCUGCUGAAGUAUGUGUUCCAGUAACCUUGGUUCCAGUUCAGAUGCCUGACCCUCCAAGUGAUCUGGUACGUCAUACUGCUACACUUCCACCGUCCUCUCACGAGAUCCUGUCACCACAGCCACAAGCAACUGAUUAUCCACGAGCAGCCGAUUUAGCUUUUCUGGAAAAAUAUACUCUUACUCCUCAGCCUGCAAAUAUAGUUCAUCCAGUCCGACCUGAGCAAAUGCUAGAUCCUAGAGAACAGUCUUAUCUUGGAACAUUACUGGGCCUUGAUAACACUGCUGCUGUUCAAAGCAUUUCUGCUAAUGAGCAUCAUUCAUGAGUAAAUCUAAACAUUCCACAGACUUUUUGAUGGUGAUGUGCUAACAGUAGCCAAAGGAUGAUGGCUUUUAAAUUAGUAGGGCUGCUAUUUUUUCAUUUUCUCUAGUUUCUCAAGUCCUCAGAACAGUUUCAAAUCAAGAAAACUAUGUGUUUCUGUUUACUGAUUAUAUGAAUAUUUGGACACAUUUUCUGAUGUAACAUUUGAACAUUUUUGUGAUUUUUAAAGAUUAUUCAGUGCUAAUUUUUAAUGAGUUCUCAAACUCUUAGAAUUAUUAGCUGCUGACAUUAUGGGGAUUUUUUUUAAAUCAUCAGUGGAAAUUUUUACUCUUUAGUCUCAUUUCUAUUUUCUCCCUUCCCCAUCUUACAAAUAAGUUCAAGGACGAUGUAGCUUUUAAGAAGAAAUGUAAGAGUAUACUAAUAUCUGCAACUCUUUCUUAUUCUUGCUUAAGGUUCAUUACUAUUUCAUAUAGAUUUUUUAAACUGAAAUUAGGAAUUUGAAUUUAUAAGGAAAUCUUAAAUUUCUAUGUUGUUUUCCAUCUAUUCAUAAUUUUUAAUUCACCAUUAUCUUUUGGACUGCUGACAGACUCAAAGCCAGAAAGCCAAAUAAUGUCCGAGUAGCUCAUUAAAUGUAAGAUUGAAAUAAUUAUCCAGACAAUUGGUAUUUGCCUAUACUUCUAUUAUGAAUAAAAAAUGCAGAUACAGGUCUAGGCAUUAAAUUAUACAAGUUUAAAAAGGGUUAAAAGAAAAAGAUGACAGUUUUAACUAGAUAACUUUCAAGGUAAGUUCACCUUUUAUACUUCACCAUUUAUUUCAGAAACAUUAACAGUGUAUCACAUCAACAUAUCCUCAUCUCAUUAAGGAAGAGGCAAUUAUAACUAAUUAAUGAAAUUUAAACAUGCUACUUUUGGUUUCAUUUACUUUAGCUGAUUGAAACUCUGGGAAACAGAAUCUAGAUAUUUCGUGUGUAAUUGUUAGAAAAAGUGCCAAACAAAUUAUAGAAAAGCUGCAAACUACUUGUAUGCAGAUUAACAUGCAGUCCAGAUCUUCAUUUUUCCUUUUACAUGUCUAAUGUCUAUAAUUAUCCUUAGUUUUUAUUUUUGCACAAGACAAAAGUUGAGGACUUAGUGAAGGGAAAUAGCAGUUAUAGCAGAACUUUUCUGAUUAAAAUUAAUUGAGGAAAAAGUCAGAAUUAUAAAAUACCUUUAAAGACAUGCACUUUUCAUAUUUUCAAGGCAAUUUAAACUUAAACUAGGAUGGUGUUUCCUAGUAGAGUUGCUUGAGGAUUAGACUAGGCAGGGUUGAUUUAUUAUCAGCAUGUCAUUCGUAUGUAAACUACUGGAAAAUAGCAGUUUUUAAAGUUUCUAUUUCAGUUUUGUUUACACUCCUGAUUGCUUUAAGCACUUUUUUUGUGUAAACUGUAAAGUCUGGCCUGGCCCUUGUGAAAAAAAAAUCACAAAUAAAAUAAUGAACUUUUAAUGAAUAACAUUUAACCAUCUAGUAAAGGGGGGAACUGUUUGCUGAAGCACUUAAGAACUGAAGGUACUUUACAGGAACAUUGCCAUGCUAGUGAAGAUAAAACGAGAAAAAAAGUUGAGAAUUGAAGCAGUUAACCAAAGUAGCUCAUAUCGGUCAUAAAACCAACCUGAGUUUUGCCUCAUUUAUCAAGGUUGGUUGUGAUUAUCUUAAGACCAGACAUAAUUACUGUAUUAAUUCUUCUUUUUUAAAGCAUUUUUAUUUACUUUGUGUGGAAAUGUUAUAUCUGGGGUACUUACAUGAUUGGGCUUGACUAUAUGAGGUACUGUUAGUCUCUUAGUCUUUCAUAUUGACUUAAAAAAUACAUAUCUUUAUGAUUUUUAUCAUAAAGACUUGCAAGAUUGUAACUAAAAAGUCUUACUAUAAUGCAAAGAAGUUAUACUUAAAAAUGUACCCUGCCUUACUUGUAAGCUAAUGUAGAAAAGUUUGGACUUACAAAAAGGCAAAUGGUAAAUAUAUGUAUAUGUAUAUGGUAUAUUAUAUGUUUUGUGGCAGAAAAAGAGGAUAUUUCAUUUUCACAUUGAAAAGAAUACUUUGCUCUUUGAAGGUAUUUACGUUAGGGUUCUUUUAAUAAUAAUGUCCUAAUGCUUUAAGUAUAUAAUUUAAUUGUAGGAAUUGGUUUACAUGGAAUUUUUCUGGA